UAAGAGAAAAAAGUUAAAAUAAAAAUGGCUUCCUUGUCUUUGGAGUCCACAGAACAAACUGAAAAUGGUCCAAAGGCGUCCACGAAAGAUGAAGCCAAAGUCAAAGAGGAGACGGAUCCGGACGAAGUUUCGGAACAACUGCUUCAAAGCUUCCAGAACUCGGCGCUCAGUUUUUCCACCGAUCAAGUCGCAUGUCUGUGCGAGGCGCUUCUGCAAGCGGGUAAUGUGGAUCGCCUGUGGAGAUUCCUCUCCACCAUCCCUCCUUCAGCCGAUCUGCUACGUGGCAACGAGACCCUGCUCAAGGCCCAGGCUUUGGUCGCUUUUCACCGGGAGGAAUUCAAAGAGUUGUACGCCAUCCUGGACAGUCGUGACUUCCACCCGAGUAACCAUGGGUUCCUGCAAGACCUUUACUUGAAGGCGCGCUACAAGGAGGCUGAGAGGUCCCGGGGUCGCAGUCUGGGCGCCGUGGACAAAUAUCGAUUGCGCAAAAAGUUUCCUCUGCCAAAAACCAUUUGGGACGGUGAGGAAACCGUUUACUGCUUCAAGGAGAAGUCGCGCACCGCUCUGAAGGACUGUUACAAGAUCAACAGGUAUCCCACUCCGGACGAGAAGAAGAAUUUAGCAAAAGUCACAGGACUUUCUUUGACUCAAGUGAGCAACUGGUUCAAGAAUCGCCGACAGAGGGAUCGGACCCCGUCCGGUACCAACAGCAAAAGUGAAUCUGAUGGGAACCACAGCACAGAGGAUGAAGCCAGCAAGGGAGACCUGGAGGAUAUUACUGACAAACCUGCAGCUCAAGAGACAGGCAGUUCUAAUGCUUCUCUUAUAUCUCUCACUGGUGCUUCUUGCAAUGCCAGUGGCCAGCUUAUUCUCAACAGCACAGGGGGAUUUCUCACAAGCUCCCAUCCCCUGCUGCUCAAUGGGAGCCCUAUACUCUCAGGGGCAGGGACUGGGGUCAUUAUUAAUGGGUUGACACUAAGCGAUGGCCACACAGUCACUGUAAGUCCUGUUACAGCUAAUGCACCACUGCUACUCAAUAGGGCACAGGUGAUCUCCAAAGAGGGGUGUGGCAUCAACGAUAUGGACACACAAGGCAGUCUGUCCCCUGUGGUGCUGAAUCCAACAGCCUGUCUAUCUAGUACAACACCUCUCUCUCUUAGUGAGGAAGCAAAAACGGCAAGCAGCAAUGUCUCUCCGCUGGAUUUCAUCAAUCUUCCAGAGGCCUUGAAGAAUCCAGAUAAUAAACAGACAGUACUUACGAACUCUAUGUCCAUUUCCACAAUCUCCACUUCUGCCAUCUCUCACAAGUCUCUUUCUUCAGUGGCAUUGGCCCAAAAUAGUUUUCCUACAUCAACUGCGUGCUCUGUGAGUUCAGUUAUCUCCAGUCCAGUGGUGCCACUACAGCGCACACAGCCAUCAGAGAUUGUUGUAUUAACGAAGGCUGAGCAUCAGUCGCCCGCCUUCAGCUCCAUCUCCAGCCCUCAGGUACUGUCUUUACCCCAGGUGGUACCAUCUAUACAGGGCAUUCCAGUGUCUCAACUUAUGCAGCAUACAUCUGGGGCCACAGUGUCAUCUUGCCCCCAGCUUGUUCCAGUCUCCACUGUCAAUGCACAACUUACGCAAGACUCCAUUCCUCAGUUUCAGACACAGACUUUGCAAAUUGGUCCUAGAUUUGCUCAAGCUCAGCCCCAAAAUGGAUCUGCCCUACUAAACACAAAUACUGCUUUAUCGCACCCCCAGAUGGCUGAUGGGCAAGUUACACAAGUUUUUACACCUCAGCUUGGAGAUGAAUUUACUUCAGCUACCAUCCCACAAAUACAGACCUCCAUGGGUACACAAGUCAUUCCCAUCUCCUCCCCAACUCAAGUUGUGCCCAUUUGCCAGCCCAAAGACACAUGCCAACCUCAGCUGGUCCCUCUGUCACUGCCUCAACUUAUGCCUGUAUCGUCCAUUGCAGGAACUCCAACUGGAACCUUCUCUUUCCCUCAGGUGGUCCCAGCUGCACCACGCCUCUCCAUCCCAUCCCCUGGUGGUGCUUUCCAGAUUCUAACACCUGGGUCUGGAACAGGAUUGAGUGUUGCACAGGGACAAAUAUGCCUUAGCCCAGUAGGUCCUCCACAGAAUGUCCCUACUGCUACCAUCCCAGGUGUUCAUCUUCUUAAUUCUGGGGUGGUUCAACUGCCUUCUGCCUCACCAGGCAACAUUCUCUUAGCGGGUGGUAUAGGGGGCAGUCCCAUCUUAAGUGUUCAGAAUGGAAAACUCAUCCUCACUAUCCCAACUGGCAUCCAGUUCACCAGCAUGCCUGUUAAGUCCGUCCCAGACAAUUCAAUCUUAAGCAACAUUACCCUUAAUGAAAACUCAACUGUUCCUCUGCAUGAGAGUCAGCCAGCACCUUCACUCACUGCUCAAACCUCCAAUUCACUACAAUCAUCUUCUUUGUGUUUUUUUGGCGCCUCUACACUUUACUGCAGCCCUGAGCCUGGGACCAUUGCCAACCCAACCCCCGGAGCUUCUCCAAGCACCCCAGAUUCUUCUAGCACUCCCACACCUACAGGGGUUCUACAAGCCCAGCAGACACUCAGCCCUGAUAGAAUGCUGCCCCUCAGUCCAAUGUGUAGUGGUGUUGGAACCAGCCCCCACCUCUCACAGCCAGUCUGGAGCCCUGUCGUUCUGUCCUCCUCUUCUAGCCUGACAUUAUUUGAUGUGCGUGGGAAGGGGGAUCUUCCAGAGGACACAGAUUUGUUGGGCCUGCCAGGUGGAGAGUCCCUCCUGUUGGGUACCCCACCUCCAGGUGAGGACAUGGAAAGAGAUUCUCAACUGGACGAGGUGGAUGAAAUGGAUGGGGACUCAAAAAUUCUUACACAAUUACAGUCUGUCCCUGUGGAUGACGAGUUGGGUUUGUAAUUACCAGUCUUGUUGACAGCCUGCUAGAUACAGUGUUAAAUAAGAGUUUCAGCCUAUAAGAGUUGCAAUCAACCAAGGAGCUUUGAUUUAUGACCUCAGAGGUUUGAGUUGUUCUCCAAUCUACCUUACACCGGUUAAUGUUUAAUUAGUGGAAGUAUUCAACCUGAUAACCUGAGUUGUUGAAAAGAACUUCCUUGAUUUUGUUGGAAUAAAUGUCUUUCAUGUAUUAUGAAUUCCAUUGUGAAAAAAAGAAUUCAGCAAGGGCAUGACUACAUAGAGGUUUCAUUAGCAGUGGAGGAACAAGGCACUGUCAUGGUUUGUCACAGUGUACAUUGUAUAACCGAUACUAACCUCUAGGAAAAUUAAAUCUCUGUAUGUGUUUAUAUGUUAGCUCGGAUUUUGCUGAAACCCAGAUCUUGAGUUAUGUUACAAGGGCCUACAGUGGUAACAAGGCGCUAAUAUGUCAAAGAAAAUUAAUAUUUUUUUAUUUUAAGAAUGAAUGGCGUGUGAGACUUUUUCCUUUGUGCCUUACGUAUCGUUUGUUACUUAAAGGAAUGUUCUGGGUUCAAUACAAGUUCAUCUCAAUCAACAGCAUUUGUGGCAUAAUGCUGAUUACCAAAAAAUUUAUUUUGACUCGUCCCUCCUUUAAAAAAGUUCUUCAAAAAUCGAGGUUACAGUGAGGCACUUACAAUGGAAGUGAAUGGGGAUAAUUAAAGUAAAUGUGGCCAAUUUUUGGAGGGUUUAAACAGAAUUGGGAAGCCUAUAAUUUUAUAAAAGCACUUUCAUUGAUCCUUCUGUUAAAAUGUGUUUAUUAUUUGAUUUGUAAUGUUGUUUAAAUUGUAAUUUUUACAGUCGUUUUAGGGUUUGUUGAGAUUACAUCAUCAUGGUAAAAAAGUUGUAAAAUUGGCUGUAAAUUUACUCAGAAAAGGUAAGUGAUAUCAUAUUUACAUGCAUAUUGUUUAUGUCUUGUGGCCAUACUUUUGAAAAAGUGAGUAUUUGAGUGUUAAAAGAAUUGCCCCCCAUUCACUUCCAUUGUAAGUGCCUCACUGUAACCUCACUGGAUUUAGAUUUUUUUUUUUUAAAUAAGAGGGAAGAGUCUAAAUACAUUUUUGUGGUAAUCAACAAAAUGCCACUAUUGUGGUUGAUUGAGCUUAACUUGUAUUGAACCUGGAACAUUCCUUUAUCAGUUUAAUAGAUUACACUAUUAUGAACCGUACAUUUUUCUUCUAAUAAUUAUAAUAAUAAUAAUGUCAUAUGUUUUCCCUCCUAAAGACAAUAUAAUGGAGGUACAUAUAUGUUUUAUGCUGAUAGCAGUACUGACAACUUGGAAUGAAAUGGGUCCACUACAAACCUAAGUAUCUAUUUAUGUUGUUUUAUGUGAACAAUUUCUUGCAGACUAAAUAUCGAAUCCUAAAGCAUGAUGGUGCACCAGGCUGACCAUGAAAAUUCAGUCCAAACUUUAGAUACUGGUUUGACAUAAAACAUUGUGGUCUUCCAAGCAUUCCAGCUCAUUACUAAAACUGAAACUUUAUACACCUUAUAGGUUCUAGUAUUCUGUUUGAAGGGAAUUUAAGUACUGUUAUAGUUUUAAUAUUUCUCUAUGCAACAAUGGUUCCACAGGAUAACUGAACUGAUGGUUAUAUAACUUAAAACAGCCAUUUAUUUACACUACAAAUCCACCAUGUAUAUGUACAGUGAAAUGUUUCCUUGGCUUGUUUUUAUUCUGUUUUUUUACUUUGUUUUUUAUAUAUUUUAUUUGUAGAAUUGUUAUAUAGCUACAAAAAAUGUCUCUUUUUAAGUGGAAUUAUGUCUGAGUGACAACUCGAAAUACAACUGACGACGUUUUUCCAUGCAUGAUUUUGAACGACACACUAAUGUGUGACCAAAAGCAGUUACAUUUAAGUUUGCCUUAAAGGUGCACUAAGUAACUUUUGUCUUUGUGUCAUCUUGGACUUACACUGACACCUAGCAGCUUGGAUGCAGCAUCAUUUAAAACCAAUAGUUUUCAGUUUCAGAUGCCAUUGUAGAAAUUUAGUGUUCACAGUCAGCCAUGAUUAUUUUAUUAAAUUAGUGAAAGUGUCAAAUAACAGGACUGAGAUUAAGUGAGUAGUAUUUGGAUGGUCAUGUGAUUCUAACAUGGCAGCCCCCAUGUGCAGAGACCCUCUCCCUGUAGAAUAAAACAGCUUUUAUAAUGUUACUGAUAUGACUGGAGUUUUCAUUUUAAUGUGAGUGGUCAUGUUUUCCAACAUAUAUUGCAAAAAUACAAUUCAUGUCUUUAGGAGUUUUAAUGAGGAAAAAAUUACUGAGUGCACCUUUAAUACUGGUAAUUAUCACCACCAGACCGAUUAGCUCAAUUCAGAGCACAGCGCUGAAAGUUUUGCACAUUUUAUUCAUGAAGCAUUUACAUUUCUCUGUCUGCAAAUUUGGUACUAUUGUUCCAAGAUUUAAACUAUUCACCUGUAAAUCUAAGGCUUUUGUGAGUCGUAGUGGCAUAUUAGGUCUGUAAGCUUUUGGCAUCAAUUAUUGGUACACAGAGCAGUCUCCUUGUGAUAACUCUUACCUCCCGUAUACCAUUGUGUUUGUCUUACACCUUUGUCUUUCAUAUUGAAUGCAUGUAUCAAUCAUUGAUAGACUCGUCCUUAUUUUAGCUUAGGUUUACACUGCAUUCCCUGACAAGUUUUUGCUUUGUGUAGCAUCUAUCACUAAUUACGGUUUCAUUAAUCAUUUCAUGAUAGAGUUUGUAUUUUACACAUUUAUUUUACAUAGGACUUGUAGCAUUGACUUGCCAAAGUUUGUCAUCUUUUAAGGACCUGGACAAUGAUUUGAGCUUUUUGGAAAGUAAGGUAACGUUUGUGUGUGUGUGUGUGUGUUUGUGCAUGCCUGAUUAUUGCUAUUCAUCUAUCAGAAUGUGAUGAUUCCUAUGUUUAUGCACAGGUAUUUUAGUCUGUAGUUAUCUUUGUUCUGUUCACUUAUUUUCUUUUUCUCAAUACAUUCUUAAUACACUCGUGUAUACAGAAAAAUAUGCAGCUGAUCAAACCAAAGACUUUUUUUAAUUUCAUGUACUAAAGGGAGUUUUUUGUCCUAUAUUGUAAAACUGCUUCUCUUUUUAUAGAGGUGUGUCUUGUAUUUCAUAUAGUUAUUUUAUUUUUUAUAUUCCAUUUUAUUGUGACUUGUA